AUGGAAGAUCUGGACGAUGCUCUCUUCGACUACAUGCUAGGCUUCAUUCCUCCGGAAGAUGCCUGCAAGCUUGCCAUUUUGUCAACAACCCUGAGGAACUUGGUAGAUAGGAGUCUCCGCUGGAAGACUUGGUGCGAGCAGGAUAGCCCUUCGUUGACGACACCCCUUGCAAAGGAGCUUGUUGAAGCGCACUAUGGCGCAGGGCACCCUUGUGGCUACAAGCGUCUGUUUCAAAGGCUGUCAAUCAAACGGUGUGCAAGGCUGAAGCCAAGCUGCGAAUGCCAGAUGAUCAACGGCGAGGCCCUCUUUGACUUCGUCAUGAUGGUCGACGUCUAUUUGGACGAUGAGGGAAUUUUGUUCUGUUCGGCUGAGAGCAGCGAGCUUGGACAAGAGCUGCGAGGCUGCAUAGACCCGAACUGCCAGGACUUCAAGCAGGCGUGCGGGGCAGUUCUGAAAGUGGCGCACAAGUUUGUGCGUCGAGGACUCUCUGAUCUGGAUUGGAAAUUUAGCUGCUUUGUUGGACGAGACAACGUCAGCAGGGUGCUGCUCAAGAACGUGCUCAGAAGGUGGUUAUAA